GGCGGAAGGUUCGGUGGCAGUCGUCGGUCUUCCAGCUGGUGGGAGUUGGCGUCGCGGUGUUGGGCUCUUGGACCCUAGUUUAUGCAGUCGGGGAGUUGGGUUGUGGGAUCUUAUCUUUCUGUCUGCUCCCACCUUUCCUGGGUUGCCAUUCACGGCCUGGGGCUUCGAGGAGGACUCCCCGGCCCUUAGGGCCACGGCGUUAGCAGUGCUUUUUGCGAGUUCCUCAUAAGCACAUCUUAAAGUCUUCAAGAUGGUUCUAGCAGACCUUGGAAGAAAAAUAACAUCAGCAUUGCGCUCAUUGAGCAAUGCCACCAUAAUCAAUGAAGAGGUAUUAAAUGCUAUGCUAAAAGAAGUAUGUACAGCAUUAUUAGAAGCGGAUGUUAAUAUUAAACUAGUGAAGCAACUAAGAGAAAAUGUUAAGUCUGCUAUUGAUCUUGAAGAAAUGGCAUCUGGUCUUAACAAAAGGAAAAUGAUUCAACAUGCUGUCUUUAAAGAACUCGUGAAGCUUGUAGACCCUGGAGUUAAAGCAUGGACGCCCACAAAAGGAAAACAGAAUGUGAUUAUGUUUGUUGGAUUGCAAGGGAGUGGUAAAACAACAACAUGUUCAAAGUUAGCAUAUUAUUACCAGAGGAAAGGUUGGAAGACCUGUUUGAUAUGUGCAGACACAUUUAGAGCAGGGGCUUUUGACCAACUAAAACAGAAUGCUACCAAAGCAAGAAUUCCAUUCUAUGGAAGCUAUACAGAAAUGGAUCCUGUUAUCAUUGCUUCUGAAGGAGUGGAGAAGUUCAAAAAUGAAAAUUUUGAAAUUAUUAUUGUUGAUACAAGUGGCCGCCACAAACAAGAAGAUUCAUUGUUUGAAGAAAUGCUUCAAGUUGCUAAUGCUAUACAACCUGAUAAUAUUGUUUAUGUGAUGGAUGCCUCCAUUGGUCAGGCUUGUGAAGCCCAGGCUAAGGCUUUUAAAGAUAAAGUAGAUGUAGCCUCAGUAAUAGUGACAAAACUUGAUGGUCAUGCAAAAGGAGGUGGUGCACUCAGUGCAGUUGCUGCCACAAAAAGUCCAAUUAUUUUCAUUGGCACAGGGGAACACAUAGAUGACUUUGAGCCUUUUAAAACACAACCUUUCAUCAGCAAACUUCUGGGAAUGGGUGACAUUGAAGGACUGAUAGAUAAAGUUAACGAGUUGAAGCUGGAUGACAAUGAAGCACUCAUAGAGAAGUUGAAACAUGGUCAGUUUACGUUGCGAGACAUGUAUGAACAAUUUCAAAAUAUCAUGAAAAUGGGCCCGUUCAGUCAGAUCUUGGGAAUGAUCCCUGGUUUUGGAACAGAUUUUAUGAGCAAAGGAAAUGAACAGGAGUCAAUGGCAAGGCUAAAGAAAUUAAUGACAAUAAUGGAUAGUAUGAAUGAUCAAGAACUGGACAGUACAGAUGGUGCCAAGGUUUUUAGUAAGCAACCAGGAAGAAUCCAAAGAGUAGCACGAGGAUCAGGUGUAUCAACAAGAGAUGUUCAGGAACUUUUGACACAAUAUACCAAGUUUGCACAGAUGGUAAAAAAGAUGGGAGGUAUCAAAGGACUUUUCAAAGGUGGUGACAUGUCUAAGAAUGUGAGCCAAUCACAGAUGGCAAAAUUGAAUCAACAAAUGGCCAAAAUGAUGGAUCCAAGAGUACUUCACCACAUGGUGUGCGACUUUCUUGGAGAGAAGAUUGCAUCUGUAUUGGGUAUUAGCACCCCAAAAUACCAAUAUGCCAUUGAUGAAUAUUACCGGAUGAAGAAAGAGGAAGAAGAAGAAGAAGAAGAAAAUAGGAUGUCUGAAGAAGCAGAAAGACAAUACCAACAGAGCAAGCUUCAGGAUAAUUCCAUUGUUCAGACAGAUCAACCAGAAACAGUGGUGUCCAGUUCAUUUGUGAAUCUUAAUUUUGAAAUGGAGGAAGACUGUGAAGUAAUUAUGGAAAGCAAACAAAAUUCAGUCUCUGUCCCACAAUAGAAUGAAAUGACUAUCAAACUUCAAGUCCUAAAGCUUUCUUUUUUUAAUACCAGGAACUUUCAUAUUUUCUAUUUAGUGAAACUUUAAUUAAUUUAUAUUUUAAAUUAUUGUUAUCUGGAAAGAAGAAAUGUUUCUCCAUUAUUAGGCUUUAACUAUCAAAAAUCAGAUCUGAAAUUUAUAUGCACUAUGCUUUUGCUGUAUGUUGAAAAUAGUGCUUUGUUUUUUUUCCUUUUGCAGUACUGGGCAUUGAACCCAAGGCCUUGUGCCUUCUAGACAAGCACUCUACCACUGAACUACACCCUCAGCACAGUGCUUUGGUUUUAUGAUCUUUAAAAAAGGUUAAGGACAUUCUAGAUUCCUAAUCAAUUAAGAAGAGUUAAUUUUCUGUUAUUUGUUUAAAAAAAAAAAAAGGUAAGUUAUUGAUUUAGGGUAACUGGAGCUGGUAAUCCUACAGUCUCAGAUUAAAAUGAGUAUUGACCUUUCCCAGAUUUUCUCAUGUUAUGCCUUGAAUUUUAUGCUUUGCAUUUAAUUUAUUUAACCAUUAAUUUCAUACAAAGCAUGAUUCACUAAGUGUGUAAUAAAAGGAACAAGAUGGAAGCACCCUGAAUUUUCCUUUUAUCAAGAAUAACUUUUAUGGAAAAGUAUCUGAAUUUACUACACCAAAUAUUAAAAUAUGUGCUAGGGAUUGAAUUCAGGGCAUGCUAGGCAAGUACUCUGAACAAUAUCCCUAGCCCUGAGUUUCCUUUUUUUAAUGAAAGUUAUUGAAAUUAAAUAAUCAGCUUUGUUUAUGAUGUUGACAUUAUUUAAAGAAUGAAUUUAUUAAUAUAUUUGUAUUCAAAUGGUAAAACCUAGUGAUUAUCCACAUAGCAUCCUCGUUAUAUCACUCAUUCAGCCCUUAAUGCCUCAGACAGGCAGAGCAGUUGGGUGGGAAUUGGUGUACAGAAUAGGUUGAAGCUAUCAGAAGUUGUUAAAUGUGGUUCAAGGUACAUAGUAAUAAUGAAAUUAGUUCCUUAUUUCAUUCAUAUUUUGAAGUAGCAACCUAGUUAAUUAACCUGAGUUAAUUUGCAAACUUUACAAAGUUAUAUGAUAUGAAGCUAAUUUUGAAAAUAUUUCUGAACAUGUGCAGAACCCCUGAGAUGUGUGCAUGACUUGAUUUACAACUAAAUGUGGAUAAAGAUGAAUGCAACGGAGUGUUUUGGAAAUGUUGACCUUAAAAGCUUUUUCAAGCUGAGUGAGUUGGUAAUCCCAGCGAUUUGAUAGGGUAAGGCAGAAGGAAGUUUGAAGCCAGCUUCAGCAAUUUAGCAAGAUGAGUUAAAAAUAAAAAAGGACUGGUGAUGUUGCUCAGUGGUAAAGCUCCCAGUACCAAAAAAAAAGGACCUUUUCACAAACUUAAUACUCAGUGGUUAUAUUAACAGCCAUCUAAAUAGUGUUAAGCUUUCAAUCUUAAAUUUUAUCUAAGAUAUAGUUUAAAAAAACACUCAAAAUGUGCAGAAAUCUAUAACAAAAUGUCAUAGAAAUCUAUGUAUUGUCAGUGUGUGUGAAUUCAGUUCAACUGAAAAUUGAAAAAUUUCAACUGGAAGUUGAAACAUCAAGUGAAAGCUGAAGUUCUUUAAAUUCUUCAACUGAUAAUUGAAUUUAGGAAGGAUAAACUCUUAGGAAUCUUCAGUUAUGUAGAUAUCAAGGCAUGGUGUUUCAUACUAUGUGAUGGUAAUAAUUUUAUUCAUGGUUGUAAACUAUAUAACUUAGUGCUUAAAGGAUUCUCAUCAUUGUGUAUAAUGUCACCAUAAAUUAGUUUAUUAACAGCUCUUAAAUAUGCCAGGGCGACGUCACUCUUCCUUCCAAUAUGUUUUAAACUGAGAAUAGUACCUAUCAAGUGAAGGCAGGUGUGUUCUAACCAUGAUCUUCUGAAUCUUCUCCUUACAGGUUCUAAUGUCUAAUAUCUAGUUUACCUAGAAACUUUUGUGACUAUAGUAGAAGGAAGAUAGUGACUUUGAAAGGUUUGUUUCUUGAAUUUUACUUUCACUACAUGCCCAAAGUAGCCAGUUUGUAAUGUUUAUAGUUAUUCACUGUGCCUUACAUUUUUAUACUUUUUUGUUUAUUCAAACUAUAAAAUUUCCCAUAAAUGCAUUAAAUGGUUUGUCUUAUUUUAA